CAUGAGAAUUGGGAGAAUGGACUGGCCAUGGAGCAACACACCUACUGUAUUGAUGGCAAAGAAGUCUCAAAACUUAUCUAAAAGAGAGAACUUCAGAUAUUUCUAAUCGGAAAUAACGAGCAAACAAGGAGCAAUGGCUGCUCCUCUCACUCUCCACCACCAUAUUAAACCUCCCUUAUCUUCAGAAAAUCCCCUCCUCACUAGAAACCCCACCUCCGCCUCUACUAUUGGUAUGAUCACAAGCAGCAUUGAUGACCCAAAUCAACCACAUCCAUGUAUUGUUUCGAUAGAAAAAUGCUCCAACAUGUCCCAGCUCAAGCAAAUCCAUGCUCAAAUGCUCAGGACAGGCCUCUUCUUCGACCCCUUCAUCGCCAGCAAAAUUGUGGCCUUUUGCUCUCUUCAAGACUCAGGAAGUCUCCAGUAUGCUCGUCUUGUCUUCUCUCAAAUCCCAAAUCCCACUUCCUACACUUGCAACUCUAUAAUUCGAGGCUGCACCGAUAAGAACUUGCAUCAAGAGGCACUUCUUUUCUAUCAAGAAAUGAUGGUUCAAGGCUUGAUACCGGAUAGAUACACCUUUCCCUCAUUGUUCAAGUCUUGCAGGAAUUCAUCCGAGGGAAAACAGAUACAUUGUCACUCUACGAAGCUUGGUUUUGCUUCAGAUACAUAUGCCCAAAACACCUUGAUGAAUAUGUAUUCGAACUGCGGUUGUUUGGUGUCAGCUAGAAAGGUGUUUGAUAAAAUGGAGGAUAAGACUGUAGUUUCUUGGGCAACCAUGAUCGGGGUCCAUGCACAGUGGGAUCAACCCAAUGAAGCUGUGAGGCUUUUCGAUAGAAUGAUGAAGAGUGAAAAUGUGAAGCCUAAUGAGGUUACCUUCGUUAAUGUCUUAACUGCAUGCGCAAGGGCGAGAGAUUUGGCAAUGGUGAAAAGGAUUCAUGAGUACAUUGAUGAGCAUGGUUUUGGGCGCCACGUUGUUCUCAACACGGUUCUUAUGGACGUUUACUGCAAGUGUGGAUGUGUACAACUAGCAAGAGAUUUAUUUGACAAGGCCCAGGAAAAAAACUUGUUUUCUUGGAAUAUCAUGAUAAACGGGCAUGUUGAAGAUAGUAAUUAUGAGGAGGCUUUACUGCUGUUUCGUGAGAUGCAAACCAAGGGUAUAAAAGGUGAUAAGGUGACCAUGGCGAGCCUGCUGCUCGCUUGCACUCAUCUGGGUGCUCUAGAGCUGGGAAAGUGGUUACAUGCCUACAUUAAGAAGCAGAGGAUUGACGUUGAUGUUGCUUUAGGAACAGCUCUUGUGGACAUGUAUGCCAAGUGUGGAAGCAUAGAAACUGCGAUACAAGUGUUUCAUGAGAUGCCUGAGAAAGAUGUAAUGACUUGGACAGCUUUGAUUCUAGGCCUUGCAAUGUGCGGGCAAGCGGAGAACGCUUUACAAUAUUUUGAUGAGAUGCAUAUCAGGGGAGUCAAGCCAGAUGCAAUCACAUUUGUCGGGGUUUUGGCUGCGUGUAGCCAUGCUGGGUUUGUUGAUGAAGGCAUUUCACAUUUUAACUCUAUGUCUGAUACCUAUGGCAUUCAGCCUACCAUCGAACACUAUGGUGGCUUAGUUGAUAUACUAGGCCGAGCUGGUCGCAUAGCUGAAGCAGAGGAAUUGAUAAAGAGCAUGCCAAUGGCACCUGAUCAAUUUGUUUUGGGCGGUCUUCUUGGUGCCUGCAGAAUCCAUGGAAACCUCGAGGCUGCAGAAAGAGCAGCUAAACAACUCUUGGAGAUUGACCCAUAUCAUUCGGGAACGUAUGUACUUCUGUCAAAUAUUUACAAAUCUUCGAAGAAAUGGGAGGAAGCAAAGAGAACCAGGGAAUUGAUGGCAGAAAGAGGCAUGAAAAAGCCUCCAGGUUGCAGCCAAAUCGAGGUUCAUGGAGUAGUCCAUGAAUUCGUGAAGGGGGAUUCAUCACACCGCCAAUCCUCGGAGAUUAACGAAAUGUUGGAGGACAUGAUUAGCAAACUAAAGAACGCUGGUUAUGUUCCUGACAAAUCAGAGGUGUUAUUUGACAUGGCUGAAGAGGAAAAGGAGACCGAGCUUAGCCUCCAUAGUGAGAAGUUGGCAAUUGCCUUUGGCCUCUUAAGUACAAGCGUCGGGGCUCCAAUUCGAGUUGUGAAAAACCUGCGUAUAUGCAGUGAUUGCCACAGUGCAACUAAGCUUAUCUCCAAACUAUACAAUAGGGAAAUAAUAGUGAGGGACAGGAACCGGUUUCACCAUUUUAAGGACGGAACCUGUUCGUGCAGGGGUUUCUGGUGAUAUUCAUGGUAAGCAUCAAGCAUUCUAUAGGGUUCUAAUAAUUUUCACUAUGGAGCACUAUGUCCACACAAAUGAAUAACUCUUUCAUUACUA